UCUCUCAUACUGGGUUUCUACCUUCCUGGUUUAGAUUAAGGGCGUAUGACUUCUCUACAUUCUCAAUUCUCUUAGUACAGUAAAUAACUUCCAGCAUUGUUAGUGUUACUGGUAGACCUGAACUUCUAAGACAUGCCUCUAACCCAUCCCAUUUUCAGAGGAAGUAUAUCCUCAUUCAGUGUACGUGUCACAAGCUAGCAACAUUAGCGAGAGCAGAAGAAGUUAUCUGGCACCAGCAAGCUGCUUCUCUCCAUUCUUAGUUUGCUGCCAUGUCGUCAGAUGGUGCCGAUUUUGUGGAUAGACACAUGGCUGAGUUCAUCCAGAGGGUCCACUUGGUGAUGCCUAUAGCAGAUGAUCUGCGCAGCAAUGACAUGAUCCUUGAUGAGGCGUACUCUAAUAUUAAAACUUCCAAGACCAGCCAGGACAAGAUGAUAAACUUGUACGAUGUCUUACAGUCAGGAGGGCCAGAAGUGAAAUCAGCCUUCUACAGGAGUCUGCUGAAACACGACCGUUAUCUAGUCAACGAUCUGGUUCUGGGAGAUGAUUUGAACAUUAGAGCAUCUUCUUCAGGGAAAUCUACAGGACAUAUUCAGCCAGGUCCUGCAUUACCUCAUGCCUCCAAUAUAUUGCCUGGGACUGGAAGACAAUCAGUUGAACGUGCAUCAGAUGAGGAAUCGGUUGGAAAGAUCACAUACUAUACCAAUAACGAUCUUGGAAAAGGUGCCGAUGGAAUUGUGUUCAGGGGUUUCUUCCUUUGUGAUGAUGCCAACAAGCGUCCUGCGGCAGUGAAGAGAAUUGAACUAGCAAAACAAAGCAAUGCUGAUCAAGAGGUCGCUUUGCUUCAUAAAUUGGACUACAAUCCCCAUGUCGUCCGCUACUUCUGCACUGAAAAGGACAGGCAAUUCCUAUACAUUGCCAUCGAGCAGUGUGCCGCCUCUUUAGAUAAGGUCUAAUUGAAUUACUCACUAUUUUAUUCUCAGAUUUAUCCAAACUUAAUUAUAUAAGUCUCACAUCAUGAUUAUCUAUGUUAGAAUAUAUACUGAACAAAAAUAUAAACGCAACAUGAACAAUUUCAAAGAUUUUACUGAGUUACAGUUCUUAGAAGAAAAUCAGUCACUUGCAAUAAAUAAAUUAGGCUCUAAUCUAUGGAUUUCUCAUGACUGGGAAUACAG